AUGUCUCUCUCUGGCAAAACGACACUCAUCACUGGAGGCGGCAAGAAUCUCGGAGCAUUGAUUGCUACGCUCUUCGCCGCCGAAGGAUCGAAUCUGGCGCUGCACUACAAUUCCGCCUCAACACAAAAAGCGGCCGAAACACUUGCCGCUGACCUCUCGUCCAAGCACAAAGACAUCAAGGUCAAGAUCUACCAAGGGGACCUUACCACUGCGACAAGCGUGGAGAAGCUAUUCAAGAGUGUUGCGGCAGACUUUGGCCCUCAGCUCGACAUUGUGAUCAACACGGUGGGCAUGGUUCUCAAGAAACCAUUGGUCGAGAUAUCCGAGAAGGAGUAUGACACCAUGUUCGCCAUCAAUUCCAAAGCGGCCUUUUUCAUCACCCAGGAAGCGGCCAAACGGGUCAGCGACGGCGGCAAGAUCAUCAAUACCGUGACGAGCCUCCUUGCGGCGUACGCUCCGUCUUACACUUCCUACCAGGGGAGCAAGAGUCCGGUCGAGUGGUUCACCAAGGGCUUGAGCAAGGAGCUGAUGCCAAGGGGGAUCAGUGUCAAUGCUGUUGCCCCAGGGCCCAUGGAUACGCCAUUCUUCUACGGCCAAGAGAGCCCGGAGGCAGUCGCCUUUCACAAGUCAAAUGCCAUUGGCGGCCGGCUCACGGACAUCAAAGACAUUGCUCCCAUAUACAAGUUCUUGUGCACUGAAGGGGCCUGGAUCAAUGACCAUGUCUUCUGCGUCUCGCCUGUUUCUCCUAAUCCGGCAAAGGAAAACAUGGUGCGACCCCUGCUCACAUUUAUCGAUGCUGGGCCCCUAGAGGAGGCCCAAGCGCAGCGAAUGCGCCGGGAGAUCAGGUCGCACGUCGCCCGAGUUGUCGUGUCCCGCCAUCAGUCUUGCCGCUCGACUCAACGGCCACCGCACAAAAAGCGCCGCGGCGAGCUGAAUCCUACAUGGGAUCUUUGUCUCGACUCGCUCGUCGACCCCUCAGCCAGCCAGAAAGAAGAAAGCGAGGAACAAUCCGAAGACAGGGUGCCGUCUCCUCCACCUGUCCCCGCGACAGCGAGCAAUGACCGACGACUCCUGGCUGGACCAUCUGCAGCGAGCAUGAUUCCGGCUUCAAAGAGUCCAAUCUACCAUCAUCCUCUUGUUUCCGUAGUGUUGGAUAAUUACCUGAAGCAUCUGGCCGUGGCCGUGCCCGAGCUAGAUGGAGACAGUCGGUCUGUUCUCCUGCAGACCUCGUGGUUCCCCAUGGUGCUCAGCUCACCGAUCAUCUUCCAAGUCAUCGUCUUGUUCUCGGCGUCUCAUUAUGCGGCGAGGCAGCAUGACAUGACUCUGGCCGAGACGAUCCUGUUCCUGAAACAAUGCGCCAUUUCCGGCAUCGCGCAGGCCCUGUCUCCGGCCUCGAAGAAGGGCAUGGUCUAUCGAGACGAGAUCAUCGCCGCUGUCGCCAAGAUGGCCAGCUACGAAGCCAUCUUCGGGGACGAGGGCGCAUAUCACUGCCACAUGGACGCCGUGAAACGCAUGUUGGAAGAAAGAGGCGGACUGGCCGCUCUGGGCCUGGAAGGGUUCCUGUCGCGGCUCCUGGUGUUUAUUGAUACCAACUCGGCAUUCCUCCUCAACGCCCCGUUACAUCUCAACGGUUCGUCUCUGCCUAAAUUGGCCAAUCAAUUUAUCAUGCCGAAUCCCAGUCGUUUUGUCGGCGAGGUAUAA